AUGGCAACGUUUUCAAUCUAUCUAUCUAUCUAUCUAUCUAUCUAUCUAUCUAUCUAUCUAUCUAUCUAUCUAUGCAAUUUUGUCCAUAUCUAUCUAUCUAUCUAUCUAUCUAAUUUUUACCCACAUCUAUCUAUCUAUCUAUCUAUCUAUCUAUCUAUCUAUCUAUCUAUCUAUCUAUCUAUCUAUCUACUGCUCCUCCUCCUACUCCUACUCCUUUAUAUCGUCUUCUCUUUCCUUCUUUUUUGCUACUUGUCUAUUCCUCCUCCUCUUGCUUCUAAUACCUCUUUUAUAAAUUCCUCCUACUUCCUCACCUUGUUUAUUCCUCUCAUUUCUCUCCUCCUUGUUCUUAUCGUCAUCUUCUCCUUCCUUAUUUCUUCUUUAUUCCUUCAUGUCCUCCUCCUACUUCUCCUCUUCUUAUUGUCUUAUUCUACUUGUUUCUUUCUUGUUUUUUCGUCAAUACUUCUUCUCCUCCUACUGCGUCUAACACUUUUUAUAGAAAUUCUCUUCCUCCUCCUAUUUCCUACACCAAAUCUCCUCCUCCUAAUCCUCAUCUUUACUUCUUACUGCUGUUGUUGUUGUUCUUGUAUACUUCUCCUCCUCCUUCCGCCUCUAGUAACUUUUUUCAUUCUUCUCGAAUCCGCUUCCUCCUACUACUUCCUCCCUUCUUCUUAUGUAUCCCUUCUUUUCCCUCCUCCUCCUACUGCUUCGUUGUUUUUGUUUCUUCUUCCCCUAUGCCCACUUCAUCUUUUCUUUCUUUUUAGGGCCUCUCUGCCUUUAUCUUUUUUUUUAAAUUUCCUCCUCUUCCCCACGUAUUUUGGCUCCUCCUGCCCCGUAACUUUUGCUCCACUUUCCUCCCUCCCCACUGUUCCUUCUUUGUUUUCCUUUUCUUCUUGGCUUCGCCUCUUCCUUCUUGGUUCUCCCUCUUCCUUCUCCAUCCUUUCUUUCUCAAUGGGCCCUCCUCCUUUUUCUAAUUCAUCUCCUUUUACUUCUUCAUGGGAAAUUCCUCCAUCGCCCCACGUCUGUCAUCUCCUCCUCCUCUUUUUAUUAAUUUCUUUUUUUUUAACUCUUUUUUGGUCCACAUCCUUCAUCAUCUUACUUCAUAUUACCUUAUUCCGACGCUGUUAUCCAAAGACCCAAGAGACACUCAAGAUAGAGGCUUACUGA